UCACCUUUAUUUCCCCUGCCGACCGCACAGCCCUUCAUCUGGCAAGCAGAAUUCUCUCGCGCGGUCUUGACCACCGCCGUCGUUGGAAUUGGAUACAUGCUCAUGCUCGUCGUCAUGACCUACAACUCUGGGUACUUUGGUGUCAUCCUCGCGGGGAUCUUUGUUGGUGAGGUCUAUUUCGGACGCUGG